AUGGCGAGCUCUUCUACAGACGACAAGAUCGCCUUCAUCCUGACAGUGUUUAAACACACCACCCUGCCAAAGCCGGACUAUGCCGCUGUUGCAGUAGAAACUGGCAUCAAUACCGCUUCGAAUGCGGCUAUCGUCAAAGCAGCUGGGUUCGAACUCGUCAAUGACCAAAUAGUCGGCCCAGGCGGAAGCACUGGAGAUGGAACCGGCACUGCUGCGUCACCUCCCAAGAAGAGAAAGCCGAGAGCGAAGAAGGCUGCCGGUGAGGAAUCGAACAAGAAGCAAAAAGUCAAGCAAGAGGAUGAUGCGGAAGUCCAGACGAAUCAAGGCGUAGAGGCGAGUACGAACUGA